UGUUUAAUAUAGAUCUACGUUUCAAGAAAAAAAAAUACUGCCAUAUAUAAUUCAACGUAGUUAGAAAAUUAUGGACGAAAAAUCUGACACUAAACCUCAAAAAUAAAAUAAAAUAUAGGAGAAAUUAAAAUGAAAGGGUAGACCAAUCAUUCACCAGCAAAAAGCCACGUAACCACAUCCACUCCCUCUAAAUUACUUCCUCGACCUUCAACUUCAAGCCCGUAACUUUCUCCCUCUCUCUCUCUCUCUCUCCUCCAUAAUCACCUUCUCCCAGAGGAACAAAUAUGGCUACCCUAUCAGCAUGUAUAGUGGGGAACGGAUUAUAUGGUGGUAAUAUCAGAAAAGGUUUUAGCAAAGAAAUUUAUGGCAAGCAGUUUAUCCAGUGGUCAUGCAUUCCACUAUCGAGUAGUACAUCUAGAAUAGUUAAUGUUAGAGCAUCAUUGAGUCAAAAGAGCAGUGAAGGAAGACGAGGCUUUCUAAAAUUGUUGCUCGGUAAUGCUGGCCUAGCCGUACCUGCAUUACUCGGCAAUGGAAAAGCUAUUGCUGAUGAUCAAGAUGCAUCAAAUUCAAGGAUGUCUUACUCUAGAUUUUUGGAGUAUUUAGACAAGGAUAGAGUAAAUAAGGUUGAUUUGUUCGAAAAUGGAACUAUUGCCAUUGUUGAGGCUGUAUCUCCAGAGUUGGGUAACCGAGUCCAAAGAGUGCGUGUGCAGCUCCCAGGCCUCAGCCAGGAGCUCCUUCAAAAGUUUAGGGAGAAGAACAUCGACUUUGCUGCCCACAAUGCACAAGAGGAUUCUGGUUCUCUGUUGGCUAACUUGAUCGGAAACUUGGCCUUCCCGUUACUUUUGAUUGGGGGUCUUUUCUUUUUGUCGAGACGGUCCCCAGGAGGAAUGGGUGGACCAGGUGGGCCCGGGUUCCCUCUACAAUUUGGUCAGUCAAAGGCUAAGUUCCAAAUGGAACCCAACACCGGUGUCACUUUUGAUGAUGUUGCUGGGGUUGACGAAGCGAAGCAAGAUUUUAUGGAGGUGGUGGAGUUCCUGAAAAAGCCCGAGAGGUUCACAGCUGUGGGUGCUCGUAUUCCGAAGGGGGUUCUUCUUGUGGGUCCUCCUGGUACUGGGAAGACCUUGCUAGCCAAAGCAAUUGCUGGUGAAGCCGGUGUUCCGUUUUUCUCUAUUUCAGGUUCUGAGUUUGUUGAGAUGUUUGUUGGAGUUGGUGCGUCACGAGUCCGUGACCUUUUCAAGAAGGCCAAGGAGAACGCUCCAUGUAUCGUGUUUGUUGAUGAAAUUGAUGCAGUAGGGCGUCAAAGAGGAACUGGAAUCGGAGGAGGAAAUGAUGAAAGGGAGCAGACCCUAAACCAGCUGUUGACAGAAAUGGAUGGUUUUGAAGGAAAUACGGGCAUUAUUGUGGUUGCAGCGACUAACCGUGCAGAUAUUCUUGACUCUGCCUUGUUGAGGCCAGGAAGGUUCGAUAGACAGGUGAGUGUUGAUGUCCCAGAUAUUCGUGGACGAACAGACAUCUUAAAGGUUCACGCGGGCAAUAAAAAGUUCGACACUGAUGUAUCACUUGAAGUGAUAGCCAUGAGGACACCUGGUUUCAGUGGAGCGGAUCUCGCUAAUCUCUUGAACGAGGCGGCUAUUCUGGCUGGCCGCCGUGGCAGGACUUCCAUCUCAUCUAAAGAAAUUGACGAUUCAAUUGAUAGGAUAGUCGCUGGAAUGGAGGGAACGGUCAUGACAGACGGCAAGAGUAAAAGUCUCGUGGCCUACCACGAAGUAGGCCAUGCCAUCUGUGGAACUCUGACCCCGGGGCAUGAUGCCGUUCAAAAAGUCACCUUGGUUCCACGCGGUCAGGCACGUGGUUUGACAUGGUUCAUCCCUGCAGAUGAUCCAACCUUGAUAUCGAAACAGCAACUCUUUGCCAGAAUUGUGGGUGGGCUCGGUGGUCGAGCUGCUGAGGAAGUUAUAUUCGGCGAGCCUGAGGUCACUACUGGUGCAGCUGGUGAUCUGCAGCAGAUCACUGGUUUGGCCAAGCAGAUGGUUGUGACUUUUGGCAUGUCUGAUAUCGGUCCGUGGUCGCUCAUGGACUCUUCAGCUCAAAGCGACGUGAUAAUGAGAAUGAUGGCAAGGAAUUCGAUGUCGGAAAAGCUGGCGGAAGACAUUGAUGCAGCAGUGAAGAGACUCUCAGAUGAGGCGUAUCAGAUUGCAUUAAGUCAGAUCAGAAACAACCGCGAAGCCAUAGACAAGAUCGUCGAAGUUCUUAUUGAGAAGGAGACGAUAACCGGAGAUGAGUUCAGGGCUCUCCUCUCAGAGUUUGUCGAAAUUCCAGUCGAAAACAGAGUUGCUCCAAUCCCAGCUCCUGUAACUGUAUAAUACUCUAAUCGAUUGCCUUUUCCCAUUGUGUGUUUGUAUAGUUGAAUGUCAAAUUGAACAGACUAGUAUCCAUUUCUUGUCCCGUUUUAUCAUAACAUAGUAUUUUACACAAAAGAAAAAAUGCAUUCUGAUGUUGCAAUUGAAAGAAAUUACAUGCUUCAAAUUAGGCACAAAAUUGACGAUUUUGUAUCUUAAUUUCAUUUUCUUGAAUAAAAAACUUUGCAAUCUCAAAUU